UUAUAUCUUAGUCCGUGGACUGUACUAAAAUUGUUGAUUAAAAAGUUCUAGAGUUCACUUUCAGAUAUUUGACAUAUUAUUUUCUAUUUUGUGACUUAGGUACUGACUUUGUGUACACACUAGUUCACUCACGACUCAUUAGCCACAACAGUACUAUAUAGUGUAGUACACGUCUUCAACACUGACAUGGUGACAUAUUAUUAUCACUAAAUUAUUGUCAGUUAUUGUUGACUGUUGUUCAUUACUCAGUUGUGAGUUUGUGAGGUGUCGCAGUCGCAAAACGUGGUUUAUUUUUAAUAGUACCUACCUACCUAUAUCUAUAUCAAUAUCGUAAUCGUGAUAGAUUUAAAGUAAAAAUUAACGAUCUAUUCCAUUCUUAAGAUUAAUUUGAAUUGAGUAUAUCUACCUAACUAAUGAGUAUGGAGGAACCUAUACAACUAUCCAAGAAACAGAUUGUACAUCGAUUCAUCAAGGCAAACAGAAAACGAAUUGGCAAUAUGAACAUCAGAUUACAAUCGAUGCGUUAUUACCUAACAGGAUUGGUGGUAUUAGGAACCGUAGUAUUGCUUUUUUUCGUAUUUUCGUCACACCAUGUAUACAACGACCACAACAGUAUUCCCGAUCCAGAAUUCCCGAUUCCGCCAUCAAGUAUGCCGAUGGGUUUGUACAACAAGGUCGGUGUUGUAUCCAACGGCGGACCGUGUGCACAAAUUGGAGUGGACGUGAUGUCGAAUGGAGGAAAUGCUGUUGAUGCAGCAGUAGCUACAAUGUUGUGCGAUGGUGCCCUGUGUCCAGAGUACAUGGGUAUUGGUGGAGGAUUUAUAAUGAGUAUCUACAACGCAACAACCAAAAAAGUGAUGACAAUCGAUGCGCGUGAAACAGCUCCUGCUGCUGCGACUAUAUCAAUGUUCGUAGAAGAUCCUUUGAAAUCUAUUUACGGAGGAAUGGCGGUUGCAGUUCCAGGGGAACUCAAAGGCUAUUCGACAAUUUAUAAUUUAUACGGUGGUGGCGUUUCGUGGGAAUCGUUAUUUGAACCAACUAUUAAAUUAUGCGAAGAAGGUAUGACGAUCAGUAAUCGUCUAGCAAUUAACUUGAAUAAUCACGAAGACUUGAUAAAAAAUGACUUGCUGCUCAGAGAAGCUUUUUUUGAUGAAAAAACCGGUCACGUGAAAACCGCUGGGGAACAGUAUAAUUUUCCAAAGUUAGCAGAAACAAUGAAAAUUAUUGCAAAAGAAGGUGUAGAUGCCAUUUACAAUGGUUCGUUAACAUCUAAAUUAUUGGAAGAUUUAAAAGAAGUGAAUGGACUAAUCACAAAAGAAGAUUUAGCCAAUUAUACAAUUGAAAUCAAAGAGUCUUUUCCAGUAAAUUUAAAAAGUGGACAUACAAUACAUGUGGGGCCACCACCUAGUUCUGGUAUCAUACUGGCAUACAUACUCCGAAUAUUGGAUGGGAUAUUACCAGCACCUGAUAUUGGCUUGGACGCACAUCGAUUUGUGGAAGCUUUUAAAUUUGGGUUUGGAGCAAGAACCCAUUUAGGAGAUCAUAAAUUUGUUAAUGUGUCGCAAAUUUAUGAUAAAGUAAAAUCAGAUGAACACAUCAAUAGUAUUCGAAAUAAUAUAUCUGAUAGUUUUACUUCGUCAGAUCCAAGAUACUAUGGAGCUGAUUACGAUAUGCUAGAGAAUCACGGGACUGCUAACAUUGUCGUAACGGAUUCAGCGGGCAAUACUGUUGUAGCUACAAGUACAUUAAAUACUUAUUUCGGUUGUGGUUUCAUGUCUCCUAGUACUGGUAUACUUUUAAACAAUGAAAUGGAUGAUUUUUCUACUCCUGGAGUCAUUAACUAUUAUGGUAUUCCAUCUUCACCUGCCAAUUUUAUCGAACCAGGCAAGCGACCAAUGUCUUCAAUGUGUCCAACUAUAUUUACUGAUAAAAAUGGUGACUUUGUUCUCGGUGUCGGAGCUGCAGGAGGAUCAAAAAUUACUCUUGCUACUGCUUAUGUGUCUGCCCUCAAGUUAUGGUACAAUAAAACAUUAAAAGAAGUGAUAGACCAACCCAGAAUUUACCACCAACUUAUACCUAUGGAAGUUCAAUAUGAGUAUGGAACGACUAAGGAUAUAGUAAGUAAACUUAUGGAUAUUGGUCAUCCAGUCGUUAGAUUGGAAAAUGGAGCAUCAGCAGUUACAGCCAUUGCUAAAACUUCUUCAGGGAUGUUUGAAGCUAUGCCAGAUUUUAGACGACCAGGAAAUUCAUCUGGAUUUUAAUACAAUAUUAUGUUUUAUAUAGAUUGGAUUUUAAUAAAUAUUUGUUGUAUAAAAUACCUUGUAUGUUCCUAAAAUAUUAUUGUAACCAAAAAGUACUAUGAUCCAGGUUUUUGAAAUUUAGUUGUGUGAUAAAAAAUAUUUAUUGAUGUAUUUUUACUGAGCAAUUUAGAUUAAACUUAAGUUUUAUAAUUGUUUACUAUUACUUGUUUUUAUGAAAUAUUUAUACAUACAGUGGUAUACACUUUAAUGUUUGUGUAUAUUACUUGAAUAAAGACAAUAAAGACAUAAAAAAUUA